AUGCCUCCUUCUCGAUCGCUCAUCCGCGUCGCUCUGCAGAUUGAUGUAUUUUACAAAUCGGCGGCUUCCGAGGCAACGGCGGAGGAGUGCCGAUCGCUGAUCAAGCGCAUUGCUGGUGUCGAAGCCGCUGAGAUCAUUCCAGGAUCGCAUGGCCUUCUCCAUCCGCCCGGUCCCCCCAAGGAUCAAGCUGCGGCGACGGGCUGGAAAUCCACCCUCAAAGUCGAUGGGAUGACCUGUCAGUCAUGCGUCCACUCAAUCCACUCGAUUCUCAGCAGCAUCGCACAAGUUGACUCAGCUUCGAUCGACGUUUCCCUGGAAAAUCACAGCGUGGCUGUCGUCCAUGGCGGCGGUCUUGGGGUCUUCGAGACCAUCAAAGCCAAGAUCGACGACAUGGGAUUUGAGGUUCUCGACUCACGCUGGGAAGAUCUGGAUCCGCUCCAUCCCACACUGCUAAUCCUUGUUUUGGAUCACAUCACUCCUUCUCCAGAACCUGCCCUUGCCUGGCUCUCGACCACGUUUUCCGUGGACGGAAUGGAGUGUGCGUCGUGCGUAUCGACACUCACGUCUUUGAUAUCCAAGAUACCCGGAGUAGACGGCAGCACCGUGGUCGUGACACUUCUGCCUCAAGCCGUUCGGGCCACGCACGAGCGCUCGCAGUGCCCUGCUGAGAGCAUCAAGCAAGCCAUCGAGGACGCUGGCUUUGGCGUCCUAAGCUUCAGCUCAGCUGGCCCUCCUGUGUCGCAGCCUGUCCCGACGCUUCCAACCCGACACACACUCGUUACGACAAAGCUCUUUGUGAGCGGCAUGACCUGUGCUUCAUGUGUCUCGGCAAUCGAAGGGACCAUGCGGAAGGUCGUCGGUGUCGAGGAGAUUGCCGUCAGUCUGCUCUCCCACGAGGCGAUUGUCAAGCAUUACGCGGAUGUCAUUGGUGUCCGUGACCUGAUCGAAGACAUUAGCCAGCUUGGAUAUCCGGCGACGCUUCAGCCAAGCUCCAACCAAGUCAACGUUCGCAAGGAGAGAGAUGCCAAGGACCUCGAAGCUGCCCGCCGCCAAGUGCUCUAUGCGCUUGUGCUGGUGAUCCCGACUUUUGUCAUAUCGAUGGUCGUCAUGAUGCUGCUGCCUGAGGGUAACCCGGCCCGAGAAGCGUUCAUGCACAACAUCAUCCCGGGGCUGUCGGUUUCUUCCCUAGUUCUGUUCCUGCUGGCAACGCCGGUUCAGUUCUGGCUCGGAUAUCGCUUUUACCGAGGUGCCUACAAAUCCAUCCGGUAUACAAAGGUUGCCAAUAUGGAUGUGCUCGUGGCCCUGGGCACAAGUGCAGCGUAUUUCUACUCAAUCUACUCGGUGGCGCUUUCGGUGUCAAGCCGUGGAGCCGCAGGAGAAGUCGAAGAAUUCUUUGAAACAUCCGUGUUCUUGAUAUUUUUCAUCCUGCUCGGAAAGUACAUGGAAAUCUACUCGAAAGGUCGGACAUCGGACGCCAUUACCAAGUUGUUGGAGCUGACGCCGGAAAGCGCAACCCUCGUAACUCUCGACGACCACAAGAAUGGUGUCAUUUUGGAAGAAAAAGUCAUCGACGUUGGGCUUGUGCAGGUCGGCGAUGUGCUGAAGGUCCAGCCGGGUGACCGCGUUCCAUGCGACGGUGUGGUUGUCCAUGGACAGUCGUUUGUCGACGAAAGCAUGUUGACUGGCGAGUCGAUUCCGGUCGCGCGAUCCUCUGGAGAUCGAGUCAUGGCAGGAACAGUCAACCAGAGCGAACGCAUCUUUGUCAAAACAGUUGGUGUCGGAGCAGAUACGGCGGUCGCUCGAAUUGCCGCCUUGGUCCAGGAGGCGCAAAUGUCCCAGGCACCCAUCCAAGCGAUUGCGGAUCAAGUAUCAAUGUACUUUGUCCCUGCCGUUGUGAUCCUGGCCAUCGGUACCUUUGUGACUUGGUAUGCCCUGUGCCUAUCUGGGCUGGUUCCUGACAAGGACAUCCCGGCGGGAUCCACCAAGCUGGGGUUUGCACUUCGAUUCUGCAUAUCGGUCCUCGUGAUUGCGUGUCCUUGUGCGCUUGGACUGGCGACACCAACGGCGGUCAUGGUCGGCACAGGAGUUGCUGCCUCUCAUGGCAUCUUGAUCAAAGGUGGAGGCUAUGCGCUUCAGAAGGCACACGAUGUGUCUGUCAUCGCGUUCGACAAAACGGGCACUUUGACCUAUGGCAAGCCCCGCGUCAAGGAGCAUAUGUUGUUUCCACUGCCCCAAGAACUCGCUCUUCCCGCUGUCCAGGAUCAAGGAGCCCUGGUCUGGCAGUUACUCGGUUUGAUCGAAGCCCGGAGCGAACAUCCGCUUGCCAAAGCUGUCUCGGCCUUUGCUCAAAAUGACCUCAGGGUGAACAUCCACUCCAAUGCUGUGGUCGGUGCCGAUUUGGUCCUGUCACGCGUGACAGAGGUCCGAGGAAAGGGCUUGGUGGCCGAGCUGGAGGUAUCAGGCCAAGAGAAAUCGCCAAACUUCAACAGCAAGUGGUCGGUGGUUGUCGGAAACGAAGGGUGGAUGAACGAGAAUCACUGCGUUUACUCCGAUGCACACCAAGAAAUCAGGAGCCUGCAGCAGAUUUCGUCGUGGACACAAGAAGGCAACUCGCUUGUCUAUAUCGGCAUCCGCAAGCAGAUCGAGAGCGACGACGCUCUGACCUCGACCGUCGAGCCCAGAUCCCCUUCAAGAGGGUUCAUCCUCGGUGUUGUUGGCGUUGCCGAUGUUGUGCGAGCGGAAGCUCCGCAAGUGAUCGAGCGUCUGCACCGGAUGGGCAUUGAUGUGUGGAUGAUAACUGGGGACAUUCAUCAAACGGCACGGUGCGUUGCUGAAAGAUUGGGCAUUCCCGAGAGCCGCGUCAUCUCGCAGGUUCUGCCGGAGCAAAAGGCUCUGAAAAUCAGGGAACUCAAGCAGCAAAUUGGUCGCGGCAAGAGAGCCACGGUCGCCAUGGCAGGCGACGGAAUCAACGAUUCGCCGGCGCUCGCAGAAGCCGAUGUCGGGAUUGCUAUCGGAAGCGGAUCAGAUAUCGCGGUCGAGGCUGCCGAGGCGAUCCUCGUCAAGUCCGACUUGCACGAUGUCUUGACACUCUUUGACUUGUCACGCACAACUUUGCGACGCGUUAAGUUGAACUUUGCAUGGGCGUUUGGCUACAACAUCAUCGGCAUUCCCGUCGCUGCCGGAGUGCUGUAUUACUCGCUGGGAUUCAGCCUUUCUCCGUGGAUCGCGGGGGCCGCCAUGGCUUUCAGCUCCGUCUCCGUUGUUCUCAGCAGCCUGCUGCUCAAGUUCUACCGACCUCCGCGGAUCCAAGGGCUCCCUCCUGUCGAGUGA